GUCAUGUACGUACAAAUACGUCACACGUAAGGUCAAGAGGAAAGAAGCAUGGCCGCUGUGUUGAGAGGGUCUCGGUACCUAGUUGGAGGGUGUUGCAAGCAUGUUGACUUUGCGUUUGUCUCCACAAGGUCUAUGGCCUCGAAGACACCGGUGGGGUUUAUUGGUCUGGGCAAUAUGGGAAACCCGAUGGCAAAGAACCUGCUGAAGCACGGAUAUCCGGUCAUUGCUACCGAUGUGUUCCCGGAGUCCUGCAAAGAAGUGCAAGAGCUGGGUGCUCAGAUUGUGGAUAAUCCUGCCGAGGUAGCAGACAAGGCGGACCGCAUUAUCACCAUGCUCCCCUCUAGUCCCAAUGUCAUAGAAGUGUACACCGGACCCAAUGGCAUUCUGAAAAAGGUGAAAAAAGGCUCCCUGCUCAUUGACUCCAGCACCAUCGACCCAGCUGUUUCAAAAGAGAUGGCCGCUGCCGCUGAGAAGAUGGGGGCGGUUUUAAUGGAUGCACCUGUAUCAGGAGGGGUGGGAGCUGCCAGUUCGGGUAAACUGACUUUUAUGGUUGGAGGAGCAGAGGAGGAAUUUACUGCAGUCUCAGAACUUCUGAGCUGCAUGGGAGCCAAUGUGGUGUACUGUGGUCAGGUUGGAACUGGACAGGCGGCUAAAAUCUGUAAUAACAUGCUUCUAGCCAUUGGAAUGAUCGGGACUUCAGAAACAAUGAACUUGGGAAUCCGACUUGGUCUUGAUCCUAAAUUGUUGGCCAAAAUCCUGAACAUGAGUUCAGGUCGGUGCUGGUCCAGUGACACCUACAACCCUGUGCCUGGAGUCAUGGAGGGAGUUCCUUCUGGGAAUAACUACCAGGGAGGCUUUGGUACCCAGCUGAUGGCUAAGGAUCUAGGACUCGCACAAAACACAGCCACUAACACAAAGACUCCUGUCCCCCUCGGCUCCUUAGCCCAUCAGAUGUACCGUAUGAUGUGCGCACGCGGUUAUGCCAAUAAAGAUUUCUCCUCCGUAUUCCAGUUCCUGCGUGAGGAGGAGGGCCAGUAAUGUCAGCCUCCACCCCGUCCACAACAUUGCCAGGCCUGGCCCUGCACAGGACUAACAUAGUGUAGUUAGGGUGCAUUUUGCCCUGAGGACUUUUUUCUUUCUCCAAAGUUGUGAAAGACAUGAAGCCAACAGAGCUCCAACACAGCGUGACAGAUCAUGUGUGCACUUAUAUCCUAUUGGAAAUCAUGUUUCUUGUGUGAUCUAGCCUUUUUAAAACACUCCUUUCAGUUUUAGAAGCAAGUAAAUUGUCAGAUAUAUGGAGGAUCCAAGAUGUCAGUAGACUGCCCAGCAGUGGCAGCCGUGCAGAUCCCAGAAUUUCAAAGAGUUCUGUGGGCAUCUGUGGUGUUAAGAAGACGACUCAUUAACUCUGUCGAGGCUAAACGGCUGCAAACACGGUUUAGUCUCCACAUAUUUAUCCACAUAUUGUUUGUGAUUUAUUUCUUUAUGUUGCUGUUUUGUUUUUUUCUUCUGUUCAUGGAGGGUUAUUUCUCUGACAUUGGAAGUGUUACUUUGGGAUAAGAAUGUCUGAUCAUAUCCUGUUAGGAAAUAAAAAUAAAUUUUGAUGUCAAUUGAUGUGACAAUUUACCAUAUUCCUUU